CCAAUACCCGGUGUUCCAUACAUUAGAGGUAUUCCUAUAUUUGGUGUUCUCUACCAAGUGAAGCUGAACUCGGCUCUAAAGUAUACACGAUGGUCAGAUAUCCACGGAGAUCUAUUCCAAAUGAGAAUGGGCUCAAGAGUUGUUGUUGUUGCCAACUCAUUUGAAAGCGUUAGAGACCUUUGGAUAAAAUACUCCAAUGCAUCCAAUUCGAGACCAAUGUUGUACACGUUCCAUUCCGUGUUAAGUAAGACGCAAGGGUUCACUAUUGGGACUACACCUUAUGGCGAUACAUACAAGAGAACGAAAAGGAUAAUUGCAACAGCUUUGAACAAAAGAGCAGUGGAGCAUCAUUCGAAGUUUAUCAAGGAUGAAUGUCUUAACAUGUUCAGGCGAGUUGACGAGGAGCAUGAGCGCAUUAAGAGCAGUACAAGAUCUGAAGACAUCGAGCUCUUCAAGUUGAUACAAGGCUAUGUCUUGAGGAUUAGCCUCUUCCUCACAUACGGUUAUUUGGUGAAAGUAGAACACAAUGAUAAGUGUAAGCUCUUUGAUGAAAUCGCUCAUGUUGAGAACAUGAUUGUCAAGUUACGAGGGCACAGCUCAAAUGUUCAAGAUUAUUUGCCGCAUUUGAGAUGGCUAGGACUUGGUAACGAUAAGACAAGAUUGGCUGACCAGUAUCGCAAGAGAAGGGACGUAUAUAUGGCCAAGUUCACCAAUGAUGUCAAGCGCAAAAUUGAAGUUGGCGAGGACUAUUCCGAAUCGAUUGUGAGUAAACUGUUACGAGGCUGUAGCGAGUUUCCUACUGUUACAGAAGCUGAAUUGACUUCGGUAUGUUUGACAAUGGUUAGUGCUGGACUUGACAAUACGCCAUUGGUAUUGACCCAUAUCUUGGGUCACCUAUCACUCGGCUCAUAUGGAGCCAAAUUACAAGAGACGCUGAUUGAUAGCAUCUUGAAAGUUUAUGGAACUCUUGAGAAUGCAUUCAUCAACUGCUCUGACCUUAGUCGCUUCAGAGUGGAAUACAUAAGUGCACUAGUAGAAGAAGGCCUUCGUUACUUCUCCGUUCUUCCAACAAGUCUUCCAAGAGAAACGACAAGAGAUAUAAACUACAGAGGAGUAUUGUUGCCUCUGGGCACGGUGAUGUUCAUGAACGCGUACGCUGCAAAUCAUGACGCAUCAAGAUUCGAAGAUGCAUUUCAAUUUAAACCAGAGAGGUAUUUACAAGCUCACAACGGACAUGAUGACGAGAACAAGCAUCAAUUGCCUCAUUUCUCAUUUGGUGCAGGUACACGGGCAUGUGGUGGAGCACAUUUGGCUUUCAAGGAGAUGUACAUUGCACUCUUAAGGUUUAUAGUACUCUACAGAAUUACGCUGCCAAAGGAUUCAAAGUAUCUCAUGUCUCUGGACCCCUUCAAGACUAAUUCAUGUCCAGAAGCAGUCGCCAUUGAACCGUUCCCGUUCAAAGUGCACCUUGAGAAGAGAGAUAACAAGCUAUUUGAGAGAUUAGUCCAUGUUGGUCCUGCUCCAUUGGUCUGA